AUGGGAGACAAACAGUUAGUCUCAAAAGGUCCAUGUCUGAAUCGUGGCCUUCUCAUGGCCUUGUCUACCUCCGCAUUGGGUAAAGGAGGCGGUGUGUUAGACAAACCAAUUAUAGAGAAAACCACUCCUGGUCGUGAAUCCGAGUUUGAUUUAAGAAAAUCGAAGAAGAUGGCUCCACCUUACAGAGUGAUACUACACAACGACAACUUCAACAAGAGAGAGUAUGUGGUUCAGGUGUUGAUGAAGGUGAUACCAGGCAUGACCGUAGACAACGCUGUCAACAUCAUGCAAGAAGCCCACAUCAACGGUUUGGCUGUCGUGAUCGUCUGCGCUCAGGCCGACGCAGAGCAACACUGUAUGCAGCUUCGCGGAAACGGUCUUCUCAGUUCCGUUGAACCUGAUGGUGGAGGCUGCUGA